AUGAGAAAAAUAUUAAACAUUAAACAUGAGUUUAAGAAGACUCCAGCACAAAAAAAAAAGAAAGAACAAGAGCGUUCACGUCGAGCCACGCAAAGCAAAAGCUCGAUUGGAAAUCUAGAUAGAGCUUCCAGCUCAGAGCUUGGUCCGAUUAAUGAAAUUCGUCAAUGCUUUGAAACUAGUCUUAAUUCUUCCGAAGUUUCUGAUGUUGAAAUAGAUGAGGAGGGAAAGCUUGAUUUACUGUAA